AUGGCAACUCAAAUCGCAGCACCGUCAUCGUUUGGCUUCCCUCAUGAAACCAAAUAUAGAUAUGAUGUUUUUCUGAGUUUCAGAGGCAAAGAUACUCGCCACUCCUUCACUGUCUUCCUCUAUGAAGCUUUGCGUCGGAAGGGAAUCAACGCCUUUAUCGACGACAAGAAGCUUGGGAAAGGAGAAGAAAUCUCACCUACGCUUCUUAAAGCCAUUGAGAGAUCAAGGAUUUCCAUUAUUGUGUUCUCUAGGGACUAUGCUACUUCCACAUGGUGCCUUGAGGAACUCGCCCACAUCAUUUGGUGUAACAAGCAGAAGAAUCAGGUGGUUAUGCCCAUCUUUUACAAGGUUGAUCCAUUGGAUGUUCGGUAUCAAAGAAAUAGCUUUGAAGAAGCCAUGGCUACCCUUAAAGAUAGGUUCAGAGAUGACUUAGAGAAAGUGUGCAAAUGGAAGUCUGCUUUGUUUGAAGCUGCUAGUUUGUCAUCAGCAUGGCUCUUCCAAGAUGGAUACGAAUUUGGGUUUAUUGAAAGGAUUGUUGAAGAUGUGUAUGCUAUGCUUCCUCCUAAACCAUAUCAUAACAUAGAACACAUGGUUGGACUUCAGCCUCGGGUAGAAAUAGUGAUCUCGCUUCUAAAUAAAUCUGACAAAGGCGUUUGCAUGUUGGGCAUUCAUGGAAUUGGCGGAAUUGGCAAAACAACCCUUGCAAAGGCUAUCUAUAAUUCAAUCUUCUACCAAUUUGAAGGUGCGUGUUUCUUGUUUGAUGUCAAUGAGGCAUCAAAAAAAUUUCAGGGCAUUGUUCAUCUUCAACAAAAACUUCUAUCUGAGACUCUUGAGGAAAAGAUCAUGAGGUUUGGUAGUUCUGACGAAGGAAUGUCUAAAAUAAAACACAGACUCUCUCAUAAAAGAGUUUUGUUGGUUCUUGAUGAUGUUGAUGAGAUUGAACAAUUAGAACGACUUGCAGGAGGGUGUGAUUGGUUUGGUUGUGGAAGCAAAGUCAUUAUAACAACAAGAAAUAAGCAAUUGCUAAUUGCUCAUAAUGUUCAAAGAACAUAUGAAUUGGUGGAGCUAAAUCAUCAUGACUCUCUUGAACUCUUUUGUUGGCAUGCCUUUCAUAUGACCCUACCUCCAAAAGGCUAUGAACAAAUGUCUAGUCAUGUGAUGAGUUAUGCAAAAGGCAUUCCCCUCGCUUUAAAAUUAAUUGGUGCCAAUUUAGCAGAUAAAAACUUAGAGGAAUGGAGGUCUACACUGGAACAAUAUGGUCAAAUCCCAGAAAGAACAAUACAUGAAAGUACAUAG